GAUAAGUUGAAGAUUGUUAUCUCCCCUACAUUUCUCCUUCCAAAAAACAGGAGAAAUGGCCCUUUCCAGGGACAAAUACAUUCCCUCUCAAGAGGAAUUGACAAUACCGGAGGUCCAGAUUUCCAGUAUUAUUUUAAAAGCAGCCAGCCUUUACAUGGGAAAAUACUGCGACAACGAGUAUAAGGAGUUUGCACUAUGUCGGGAUGAGAACAAGGACCCUCGGCCUUGUAUCAAUGAGGGGAAACAGGUGACCAGAUGCAGUAAUAACUUCCUGCAUGAGGUAAAGAAGCACUGCCUCACAGAUUUCACGGCAUACUGGAACUGUCUGGAUCAUUCUUUUGAUCAGAAAUUUAGUUAUUGUCGAAAGUACCAGGAAAAGCUUGACUCAUGUUUUGCUGAGAAAAUGAAUCUAAUGCGACCGGAAAUAGGAUAUUAUGGCAAGGUUCGCGUUCACGACACAGACCGACCCAAGCCUGAUCUUAGCACACCUGUGCCAGACUUGGACGUACCUCCACCCGUGGGCGAUAGAAAACCCAAGGCUAAAAUAUACCCACAGAGUACAGGCAUACUAUAAUUUAAAUUUGUUAUGAACAUUCAGUUUCUAGGAUAAUGCUUAAUGGUGUCAUUCUUUGGGUUGGUGUAUCCGAUCAGUUUAAUUUGUGUUUGACAUGGAAUUAUUAGGACAUGGUCAGUUAGUUGAAAAGACAAUAUGUAUAUACAAUGUCGUGGUUUGAAGGCUUUAUCAAUUGGUUAAUGGUAAUUAAAAAAGUAUAAAAUACAAGGAUGAAUUAAGUCAUGCAAACUGACAAGAAGAGAUCUUAUUAAGUAUGAACGGAUAUUUUUAUCAAGUUGUUUAGCAUUUAUACGAACAUGUUGAUAUGAGUAUGUGCUUCUUGAAUUUUAUUAAAAAAUAAAAUGAUAAAACUGUU